AAUAUGUAGCAAGAAAACAUGGCCAUACACAGAGGAGAAAGAUAAUGUCCACUGCUAUCUUUUUCUCACUAACAAUCCCUCCUGGACAAGACCACCUUCAUCAUCAUUCUUUUAGCAGCAGGAAAACUUCUACAUGCUCCCAUAAAUCUCUCACCUUUAGAUGUUCUUCUGCGCCUUCAUCACCACCUUCUUCUUCAGUUGAUGAGACUGUCUCUAAAUCUGAAUCAGGCCCAGUAUUCCCACUCAGUGGUUGUAAAGCAUGCGGGAAAGAGGAAAUGGAGAGUGGAUGUAAUGGCGAAGGUAGGGUUCAAGGCGGGAUUGCAACUGUUCCAGGCUUUGGAUGGUGGCCUAUAAAAGCUUAUAGACCUUGUCCGGGGUUUGUGGCUUCUGGUGGGAGGUAUAUGCGACAAGGGCAGAGCAUGGAUGAGGUUGCUGGAUUAGGAAGGGUGGAGAGAGCAGUGGAAAAGGUAGUAGUGGAGAAAGCAGCUUCUGUUGGAGAAAAUUUUGAUGAAGCUCCACCUAGCAAGAAAAAGAAGAGGUCGAAAAAAGUCAGGAAGUAGAUACUAGCGCCAAUGAUACGUCAAGAAGUAUUCUUCAGGAGGGUGAUUAAAAGUCUGCAAUGUUCAGAUUAAUAGGUUGAUUGGAAUAGUUUUUCUAAUUGUAAAUUACAUUGUGCCUUGAUAUACCACGAGGAACUAAACAUUCCAAUUCCAAACAUUUCAAGUAAGGUUGAUUGGAGCAGUCUUCAAUGAAUUGCUCCUCGCUUGGAAUGUUCUCUAUCCGACUGUCGUAUAGUCUGCAUUAAAAUUUAUAUCCCGGUGCUCUGUUCACUGCUAUCUGCAAUAGUUCAGUCAUGUAAUACAAUUGCUUGGGAGAACAAAAUUUAUUCUUUGAUCGCCA